CAUUAGGGGAAUGCAAUAUUCAAUAGCUCCAAAGAGGAGGAUUCCCACAUUUACAUGUGGCCUUCCUGAUUCUCAGGCAGAGCCGGGGCCAACUGUAAUUUUGCAUGUGCCCUUAUGACACCUCACUUUCCGCUUCUCUCCCCACUCCCAUCCACUGUUAUUUUUGUACUCACUCCCUUCCUUUGUCCUCCUAGCAAGAAAAAGGUAACGUUACCAUUUUCUAAGCAAGUGCCGUAUAAUACUGCCUUACGAGCUUGUUGGCAAGUGCCGUAUAGUAUAAUACUGACUAAUUUGGCUUUAUAAAUUUGGCUUUAUAACUUUGAAAAGGCUGAACAAUUUUGAUUUUACUGACUGGGAGUCUGACUCGGUCAAAAUCGAGUUCCAAAACAACCUAUAAGCGCGUGUUGUUUGACUCCCUAGCUAAUGUUAGGUUGUUGGAGGAAGCACAUAUAUAUUACUGUAGCUGGGUAAUGGACAUGCACAGCACAGUAGUAGUGGAGAAUAAUAAGGUGCAGAACAAAAACCUUGUAUGUGAUAUUGCUUUCGGGGAGGGAGUUUAUGUGACGAUGUCUAAUGAAUAUUACAUGGUUAUAUUCUUGAUUUUCAGGAAUGACAACUACCGAUAAAGCUACUCAUAGUCAUAGACCAUAUUGGAAAGUUCAGGUGAUAGAUUCUGAGGGACAGAGGUCCAUGGCACAUCUACAUGCACAGGAUGUGUGGUAUCUCCCACAGGGCACCAAGUUUGUGGUGCCAUUUGUAAGGAACCAGCCUGUUCAUGAUGGUGGUGGACUACUUGGACAAUUUUUGGGACUCUUAGCUAGGGACGUCAACUAUUUUCCUAUAAGCUUUGAUAGUUGGCUUGAUGUUCCUUCUAGCUAUAAGAAUGAAGUCCUCCAUGGUAUAAUUGCUGAAAAAGUUUUUGUUGAGCCUAGACACAGAGAUAGGGCAUACAAGUACAUUUUGAGUAGCUUAGGCAGCAAAUGGAAGGGGCAUAGGUAUGAACUUUACAAACACAAGUACAAGCGUAUAUGGACAAGAGAGCAAAAUAUCAACAAACCUCCUGAAGGGAUUCCCAAAGAACAAUGGGCUAGUUUCAUCGACUAUCGCCAACGAAAGACCACUCAGGAUAUGUCAAUAAGGAAUACAAGAAAUAGGGGUGAAUAUCAGCUUAAUCACACAGGAGGCUCGAAGUCCAUUGCUAGGAAAACUACUGAGAUGAGUGAGUCAACUGGGCAGGAGGUUUCAAGAGGACAAGUUUUCGUUGAGACUCACAAAAGGCCAGAUGGAUCAUAUUUGAAUCCCAAGACCAGAGAUGUUUGUCUUGAAGAAGAAUGAGAAGUAUGAAGAGUGGUUUGUCAAGAUUUUUCAGCACAUGAAUGUCCCUAUGCCAUUGGAGCUGGCUACGUUAGUAGAACAAGUAAGUUGUUAUUUUGAAUGUAAGAACUUUCAGAGGAAAUUGCGAGUUUAUGCCUUUUAACUGGUUUUUUUUUUGUUGUUGUAUAUUUUCACUUUUCAGCAUCCUCUUGACUCCACUGGUCAGCAUUCUGGCCACUCUUCGACUAGCGGUCCGAGACAGCAGGGAUAGAACUCCUUAACAGGUACUACUUGAAUCGAGAAAUGGAGGGAAAAAGAGGCUUUUUUCUUCUUAAAUGAGUGCAUUACGAAAGCAAGCUCAGCUUCUCUAGCCAUCCGAAUAGCUUCAGUUUCAAUACCACUCCAACCUAGGCAAAAUGAUCGGUGAAGACUAAUCUCAUGUUCUUUUUCUCUUUCUGGUGUUUCAGGAUUUUGUUCUUCAUUCAACAGACCUCCUGUCAUGAAAGGUUAGCAUCUAGUUCCUGGAUUUCGCUUAUUUGAACCAAACUUUCGGUUGUUUCUUUUAUGAGAUCCUAGUCCUUAAGUUGUGCUAGGAAUAAAGGGGUAGAAAAGGGUGAUGCAGAAACGCAGUUUGUAGUAUUGGUGGGAGCUGGGAAUGAACAAUGCUAUGGAACAGUUAGAGAUUGCAGGGGUGAGAGCUAGCAGAGAGAGAGAGAGAGAGAGAGAGAGAGAGAGAGAGAGAGAGAGAAGGAAUGAAUGAAUGAAUUGAAGGAGGGAGGGACUCAAAUUCGGAUGGUGGGAUUUGGUUUUGUUUAAGGGAAGUAAAACACGUAAUCGUCAUCAUUCAUUAGAGGGAGGAGAUCCAAAAGGAGAAGAUAAUUAGAUAACCAAACAAUUUAAUAUUAUUUUAAGCUCGGGUGAUGCAGAAGUUGCAAGUUUGAAAUGAUCUGUAAUUAUGGAUUUGUGACUGGAUCUUUGUUGUUGUUUUGUUGAUUUACAGGGCUGCAAGUUAAUGAAGGGCUUCAGUGGUAAACUCAGUUUUUAGUUUGAAAUAGUAUUCAACUUUAGAUUGUAGGCUUUGAACUUUUGUAAGUGGUUUGAUUGAUUUACAAUUCUGGAUUUGAGAGAUUUGAUGGUACUUUUGUAAGGAUUGAUGGUUUGAUUUACAAUUCAAAGGGUUAUGAAUGGAUUUACAAUUCUUGAUUUGUGAUUAUUAGAGUAGUGUGUUGCUGAUUUGAUGUUUAGAAAAUGAUUUGUGAUCAUUAGAGUAAUGUUAAAUCACAGCAGGCUAGGGCUGUUAUUGUUUGGGAAGGUGGUUCCUUAAAAUACGGUAGCUUUUAGCGACGGUCGGUAGCUUUUAGCGACGGUCGUACUCUGUCGCUAAAUAAUUUUAACUGUUGCUGGGAUAUUUAUUUGACGACGGUUGUCGGGAAAAUUACGUCGGUCACCACCGUCGUUAAACUUUAGCGACGGUCAGCGCGACGGUCGACCAAAACCGUCGCUAUAAAAUUUAAGGACGGCGGGGUCAGCGACGGUUGGCUGUCCGUCAUUAAAUAUUUUAGCGACGGUUUUGACCGUCGCUAAAAGUCCGUUUGACCGUCGCUAAAUCACUGUUUUGUUGUAGUGGUGGGUAUAUUCUAUACAUGAAAAUGUUGCUUAAAUGAAGGAGUUUAGGUUUUGUUACUUGACAAAUUUGGUAGAAGAUUUUUGGGAAGGGAUCAGAUGACCUUUUCUUUUUUCUUCUUCGGAAUACCUACCUCAUAUCCGGUCUAUGUCAGCAUUUUCACAAGCAUUAGGCCAUUUGGGCAUAUGGCUUUAGGGUUCGUUUACGAAAGAGCAUUUGAACAAAACAUUUCUCAGUAAAUACGACUUCGAUAC